AUGGCAUCCCAAUACGCAAAGGACCAGCCUGAAGGCUUUGUCAAUGCCAUCAAGCAUGUGGCUAUUGUUGGCGCCGCAGGACAGAUAGGCAAAGUGUUCACUGAGCAUCUCCUCAAGUCGCCUGGAAACCAGACGGUCACCGCCCUUACUCGUAAAGGCAGUAACACCACCGUGCCGGAUGGCGUGAAGCUUGCUCAUGUCGACUAUGAUGACGAGGCUACGCUGAUCGAAGCCUUGAAAGGCCAAGACUUCUUGGUCAUCACCAUGGCCCUUACUGCACCUCCAGACACCCAUAGCAAAAUCGUCAGAGCAGCCGGAAAGGCAGGAGUUCCUUACAUAGUGCCAAACGCCUAUGGUGUAAACUUCUAUGCCAACCCAAAGAUGCAAGAGGACAUCGAAGCGCUGAAGUACAUCUACGCCAAUGUCAAGGAGAUUGAGGAGGUUGGUUCCCAGUGGCUCGGCAUCACACCCAACUUCUGGUACGAAUACAGCCUCGGUGUUGGACCUUUCACGUACGGCUUCGAUUUCCCGAACAAAUCCGUCACCUUCUACGAUGACGGAAAGACUCGCGUCAACACGACUACUUGGCCCCAGACUGGACGUACAUUGGUCUCGUUGGUCAACCUCAAGAAGCUCCCGGAGGAUGAAAACGACAAGUCCACCACCCUGGCACAGUUCGUGAACAAACCCGUCUACAUCAAGAGCUUCACUCUUAACCAGCGGGAGUUACUCGAUAGCGUCAACGAGCUACUGGGUCAGACUGACAAGGACUGGAACAUCACCUACCAGCCAGCCGCUGAGCGUUUCCAGCAGGGGUUGGAGGAGCUUUCCAAUGGAGUUGGCACUGGCUUCCUGAAGGCCCUGUACGCUCGCUCGUUCUACCCGACUGGCGAAGGUGUUUUUGAAACUCACAAUAGCCUUCUGGGUUUACCCGAGGAGAGCUUGGCUGAAGCUACACUGGCUUCGCAUAACUGGGCUAUUGCACAAGCCAAGAAGGCCGAGAAAUAA